GGGUAGCACGGGGUGACCAUCCUGUCAUCAAUGAGAGUGGGGGACUGACAGCCAGUGGAGGUGGCGGAGGACGGGUGUGGUGUGGUCUGAGGCCGCCUGCCACACACCACGGACAGUACGAGCGGCAACACUGUCGGCCCUUUGAAGCUUUUGAUAACUACCUGCAGCAUUGUCUCCCUUGCACAGGGAAGACCGCCGCGGGACGUCACUCGUAGCGCCGCUGAGCAUGCGCAGUGGAGCCCACAGUGAGGCCGACAGACGCAGACGACAGUCCAAGGCGGGAGAGCAGACGACAGGCAGCAAGCGCCAGCAUCGCGGUGUGACGGCCACACCGAGCCCAGCACGGAGUGUAGCGUGGACAAACCCCGGGUACCUCGCUCCCCUCGUCGCCUCCACAACAACGUCUGCAGCACCAUCGCAGUUGGUGACAACUUGCUUCUCCUUUGUGCAGACAACGUGUGUGGACUAACCGCCGGUGGCUGCGACUGCUGUAGACCUGCGAGUGACCGCUGCCCACGUCAGGUGAACCGACACGUGUACCUGCCUCGUGCCCCCACAACACUCUUACUGGUCACGUGGUCGUUGGCUGGUGUGUUGCUGGCCUGACGCCCGUCUCCCAGGCGACACGUGCAGCUUCAGAUGAUCAUCAUGUCCUCGCCGGUCAGCACUCGGCCAUCGUCGUCCACGACACCCAACGGUCACUACCACAAGAUCAGUGGGGUACCGUGUCCCGCUACCCCCACCCGCUACACGGCCCCUGUCCACAUCGACGUGGGCGGCGUCAUCUACACCUCGUCACUGGAGACCCUCACUCGGUACUCGGACUCCAGGCUGGCAAAGAUGUUCAACGGCAACAUUCCCAUCGUGCUGGACACGCUCAAACAGCAUUACUUCAUCGACCGUGACGGCAAGCUGUUCCGCUACAUCCUCAACUACCUGCGCAGUCAACGCCUCAUCGUGCCCGAGCGCUUUGACGAGUACGAGCAGCUGUACGAGGAGGCCAGGUUCUACGAGCUUGCUGGCUUGCUGCGGGAGCUGGAGGCUGUCAAGAAGAACAAAGAAGCGAGUGACGUAGCCAAGGUGUCACGGGAAAUCAAGACGGAGAAAGGCUUGUCACCAGUGGGGGUGAGCGGAGCUGAUGGAGGCUACGUGGACUGCAUCGCCGUCAGCAUCAGCCCGGACCUCGGGGAGAGAAUCUCGCUGAGUGCUGAGCGCCCUCUUCUGGAAGAGGUGUUUCCGGAACUGACGUCAGCAUUAAUGGACACGCGGAACUCUGGGUGGCACUUGGACAACCAUUACGUCAUACGCUUUCCGCUGAACGGCUUCUGCAAGCUCAACUCCGUGCAGGUGAUGCAGCGCCUGCUCAACCACGCCUUCGUCGUCAUCGCAUCCUCAGGCGGCGGGGUCGAAGGGCAGCAGUUCAGCGAGUACGUCUUCGCACGCAACUGCAAGUCGCUGCGGUGACUGCGCAGUGUCGGGGCUGAGACUACAAGUUGCUGUGCAGCACGCCGUUGUCAAGCCGACGGCGUCACGGACUGACGCAGACAUCAAGCUGCACGGCCACCUUUCACAUGCACGUGCAAGUACGUGCUGGCCAACACACACACACACAAACACACCGCUCGGUGGCGAGGACUGUGACCUUUGUCCCCAAAGACUUACGUGACGUAGGUGCUAGGUGAAAACUUGAGGUCACGGUCACAGCUCGUCGUUCCGAGCUUUCGAUGCGGGACUAGAGGACAAGACACAGGAAAGAUUCGUCCUUAGCGUCCUCGUCGACUGUGAUGCUGUGAACGUGCUGUGAUUGCAGUCUUCGGCACUGGUGGGCAUGCGCAAGUCAGUGGUGAACACAGUAAAGGUCGUUAGUGUCAGUGUAGAGAGCGAGGUGAUUGCUGUGAGGACACGUGUGACGUGAGUGUAGACUGAGGUGAUUGCUGUGAGUGUAGAGAGCGAGGUGAUUGCUG